AUGGCUCGUACCAAAAUGACUGCAAGAAAAUGUGUUCAACAGAGAGGGGCAAAAAAAAAUAUAGCCAGCAAGGCAAGAAAGGGGGGAAAGCAUCCUCCAGGACAGCAUGUGGCUCAUGUGAAACCUCGACGUCGCUAUCGUCGAAAAGCUGGCACCACUGCUCUCCGUGAAAUCCGCCGUUAUCAGCGUGAUGUUGAGCUUCUUAUUCACAAGCUCCCAUUCCAGCGUCUUGUCCGUGAAAUUGCAGCAGAUAUAUAUGGUGAUCUUCGAUUUCAAGCAUCUGCAAUUCUGGCUUUGCAGGAGGCUGCAGAGGCGGUUUUGAUUGAUGAAUUCACAAGAAAUGACUGGAUUUUACAAGCUAAUCUACUAAUCAUUAUACUAAUCAAUGAGAUGUUAGUGACAAAUCUAUGCGCCAUCCAUGCCAAACGUGUUACCAUCCAGGAAAGGGAUAUGAAAUUGGUGCAGAGGUUGCGACAAAUCAUGACAGGCAGUCGCAUCCCAGGACGUGGAAAUGGUUAUUAG